AUGGCCGCCUCGAAGCCCGUGGACGCCGCCUCCGGCGGGACGGGCGGGACAGGCUCAGGGUGGCCGCGCUGGCAGGUGGCCCUGGCGCUGGGGGCGCCGCUGCUGCUCGGGGCCGGCGCUCUUUACCUGUGGGGCCGGCGGAGGCGCACGACGCGAGGCGGCGGCAAAGGCGCGAGCGAGAGGAAGACCCCCGAGGGCAGGGCCAGCCCGGGCCCCUCCGGGGGCCGCCACCCGGAUGGCCCCGGCGGGGACGAGAUGAGCCCUCUUGAUAGAGCCCAAGCAGCAAAGAACAAAGGCAACAAAUACUUUAAGGCUGGGAAGUAUGAGCAAGCCAUUCAGUGCUAUACUGAAGCCAUCGGAUUAUGUCCCCCAGAAAAAAAUGCUGACCUUUCUACCUUCUACCAAAACAGAGCUGCAGCAUACGAGCAACUGCAAAAAUGGAAAGAGGUGGCACAAGAUUGUACAAAGGCAGUUGAGCUUAAUCCUAAAUAUGUAAAAGCUCUCUUCAGGCGUGCAAAGGCACAUGAGAAACUAGACAAUAAGAAAGAAUGUUUAGAAGAUGUCACUGCAGUCUGCAUUUUAGAAGGCUUUCAAAAUCAGCAAAGUAUGCUGCUGGCUGAUAAAGUUCUUAAACUUCUUGGGAAAGAAAAAGCCAAAGAAAAAUAUAAGAACCGGGAACCACUGAUGCCUUCGCCACAAUUUAUUAAAUCUUACUUCAGCUCUUUCACAGAUGACAUUAUUUCCCAGCCUCUUCUAAGGGGGGAGAAAUCUGAUGAAGAUAAGGAUAAAGAAGGAGAGGCCUCUGUAGUAAAAGAAAACUGUGGCUAUUUAAAGGCAAAAAAAUAUAUGGAAGAAGAAAACUAUGACAAAAUCAUUAGUGAGUGUACUAAAGAAAUUGAUGCUAAAGGAAAAUAUAUGGCAGAGGCCUUGCUAUUACGAGCUACAUUCUAUCUGCUGAUUGGUAAUGCAAAUGCUGCCAAACCUGAUCUGAAUCAGGUUAUCGGUAUGGAAGAUGCCAAUGUAAAGCUUCGUGCUAAUGCCCUUAUCAAGCGAGGCAGUAUGUAUAUGCAGCAGCAACAACCUAUGCUCUCUACUCAAGAUUUUAAUAUGGCUGCUGACAUUGAUCCUCAGAAUGCAGAUGUUUAUCAUCACAGAGGGCAGCUAAAAAUCUUGCUUGACCAAGUUGAAGAAGCUGUAGACGACUUUGAUGAAUGUAUCCGCUUGCGGCCGGAUUCUGCCUUGGCACAAGCACAGAAAUGCUUUGCAUUAUAUCGCCAAGCCUACACUGGAAAUAAUUCUUUUCAAGUACAAGCAGCAAUGAAAGGCUUUGAGGAUGUAAUAAAAAAAUUUCCAAGAUGUGCUGAAGGCUAUGCACUAUAUGCCCAGGCAUUAACAGAUCAACAACAGUUUGGCAAAGCUGAUGAAAUGUAUGAUAAAUGUAUUGAUCUUGAGCCAGACAAUGCUACUACCUAUGUUCAUAAAGGUUUACUUCAACUUCAGUGGAAGCAGGAUUUAGAUAAAGGUUUGGAACUUAUAAGCAAGGCCAUUGAAAUUGAUAACAAAUGUGACUUUGCAUAUGAAACUAUGGGGACAAUUGAAGUUCAAAGAGGCAAUCUGGAUAAAGCUAUUGACAUGUUCAACAAAGCUAUUAACCUGGCCAAAUCUGAGAUGGAGAUGGCACACCUCUACUCGCUGUGUGAUGCUGCCUAUGCCCAGACAGAAGUUGCAAAGAAAUAUGGAUUGAAACCACCAACGUUGUAAAGACACAAUUGGAGGGAAUUGACCUUUUUAAAAAGUAAAGCUGCCCACUUCAACCUAGCCCUAAAGACACUGUUGCAGUGUGUUGAAUGGUGGAAGUUAUUUUUUUCUGUUCGUGGCGUGGUAAUUAUCUGUUAAAUGUUUAGGUGUUGUGGGAGUGGCUGUUCAGAAAGUAAACAGUUUGUUCUCUCUGCAGCAAGAAAUUGUUAAGGGAGGUCAAAAACACUUGCCAGGGGAUCAAAUAUUAUUUUUGGCCAUGCAAAUAAAAACCUUUUUGACUCAUGUUUUGAAGGUGAUUGUGUGAAUGACUGGUCCUAUCACAGCUGCUUGUUUGGUUUUAAAAAAUUAAUAGUGCUGUGUAAAAUUUUAUAUGCAAUGAAUCCUUUUGGGCUGAUUUUAGCUUUGCAAAAAUAAAAACGUUAACUGCAAAAUUGUUUAAUAAGAAAGUGUAAUCUUGCAAUAUACUUCUCAUGUACAAACCUUUCCUCAUUCCCAUUUACAUUUUCUGCUUCGUUGCAUAGGACGGGGCAGUUAUAAAGAAACGGAAGUUCUCCGUAUGCUGUUCGAGGACAUGAUUUAGAUAACUACUUCAAAGACUCUUAGGGUGCAUUCUGUGCCACUUAGUAUGAUCUUUGUCCCAUAAAGCAACUUUCUACUUGGUUGUCUUAUUUUGAGUGUUCCCCCAGAAAGACUGUCAGUUUUUCAGGAGAGCAAAAUUGCUUCUGAGUGAGCACUGCCUAGACUGGUAUUGAAGACUUGAUUGAUUGUGUGUGUAUAUAUCUGCCAUUUUGUGUAGAAAUAAGUAUAUUGGGUCUUCGUUGGGAUAAAGUUUAGUUCAAAGGGUCCAGCUGAUUUGGAAAUUUAUAGUUUACUCUUAAAAGGAAUAGUCUUUUCUAUUAUUGGAGCGGAACAGAGUCCAUUUGCAGCAUUCUGAUUCUUUUGUAGUGGCAUGUUGAAAUCUUCCUUGGUGCUAGGGAAUUCAUGAAAUUGCAUGAGCUGUUUUCAGUUGCCCUGUUAUGUUUACAAGUUACUGAAGCCAAUCCAUAACUCCUGCAGUACUAUUUCAUCUUGUGUUCCAUUCAUGGUAUACUACAAAUGUUUGCAUCUGAGUUUACUAAAUCUGGGUCUGGCUUUUGCCCCUUAAUUCAGAUACAGUGUAAACUGUUUACAGUUUCUGCUGGAGGUAGCUGUCACUUCCUUUAAUAUAGUAAAUGAGUGAUGAACUUGGGAGGAUUCACAGAGAAGCUGAUUCUUCAGUUUGUUCAGAACUCAGCUACUUAAUGUUUUUUCCUAGAAGUAACGAGGCGGAGCAUCUCCUGGAAUUCCCAGCCUUCCCAUCCAAUAUUCAAGAGAAAUAUCCUUUCUGGAUCCUUGCAUUCCCCCACUCCCAAUUGUCACUGCAUCAUGUUUUUCAAAGAGGUUUUUAUUUGCGUGGCUUUAUGUACACUGAUUGUUCUCUCUCCUGAAAACAAUUAAGAAUUAAGCAUGUGCUCUCUGAUACUAGCAUUCCAAAUCAUCACAGACUGUUGCCUGUUCUUCAGAUAUUUGAAACUGCACUGAAAGAAUGCAUAUGUUUGUUAUUUUUUGUAAAUGACUUUCCACAUGUAAAGUCACCAAAUAAAUAUUACAUUCAAAUAUCUUAUACAUAUAUAUGAUCUAGGGUAUUGGUUGGAAAUUGCUUAUUUGCAAAGUCAGCAUACAAAAUGACAAUCAUGUUAUCUGUGAAUGUACUAAAGCUGCUGCAAACGUCUUUGCAUGGAAAUAGUGAAAACUCAAAAUUCAUGUUUUAUUUCCCCAUUUUCUUUGCCAAAACUGGAAGGAACCACCAUUCCUCAGUUUAAGUGUUGACUGCUGUUAUCUUGUUAAAAACAAAAUGGUAAAAGGGGCGAUCCUGCACUCUUGAUUGGUGGCAGGAAUGGAGCAGUUUUGCUUACAUCUAAGAUGCUGAUAUCUGCUCCUCUUCCUAUUGUGUGUUUUACCUGCCAAGAAUUACAGUAAAUUACUUUCUAAAUCUGCCUGCUCCACAAAUGGGGCAAGACUUGAAAAAUAAGAUUAGUGCUGCUAAUAUUUUUACAGUGAAUGCAGUUAAAAAAAAUAACCUACUGCAAGUGACAGACCUGUUAGGUAUAGUUACUGUGAAAGUAUUUCCCUCUUGUUAUUCUGAUCCUGUGAAAUCCCUGCUAUUCUAGUUCUUAAAUAUGAAAGCAGUAUUCUACGAGCAUAUUGGCUGUAUAAGGAGAUUAGGAAAGGAGAGAUGUGCUUUUUAAAUUUUAAAUUGGUAAGAUUUAAAUACCAGAGCUGUAAAACCUAAGGCACAAACUAGCUUUUGAGAAAUCAGUUCCACCUUCUAAUUUGGAUGGAACUCUUGUGGAGGCACUGCUAUGUUAGAAUCAACAUUCUGUUCAAGAAUUCAUUCAGAAGGUAGUAUUUUAUGUCUUGAACAUACUUUUUCUUUGUAACCAUAAUGUUGGGAAGUAUUCAGUGAUACAGACUGGAAUUCUGUAUUUAUAGAAUACUGGUACAUAUGUAAAUAAUAACACAGUUAAGUGCCUGUCUUCUAUCAGUAGAUGAGUAGCAGCUAACAAUUAUGAAAAUAGCAUUUGUUUAAUACCAAAAGUCUAUACCAGAUCCUCUUUUAAUGUGAAACAUAUUGAAAGAUCCUUAAUUUAGAAUGCAUACAGGCAUUACUUUAACAAAAAAGAAAAUAAGUUGUGUCUGAAUAUUAAAGGGCUGAAGUCAGGUUUGAAAUAAAAAGCUUCCUAAGCUGGUUUUUUCUAUUUUUAAGACUGAUUGUUAGGAAAAGUUGCAAAGUCUAUCUAUUCGGUGGAAUUUGAGAGCCGCAUGUGUUACUUAUGCAGAUGUUUGAAACAGUGGGAGACCUUUUAUUGUUGCAGAUUCACCUUCCUUGUUUUCAAAAUGAGCAAGUAAUCCAACUGGAUGAUUCAAAUGGUUGUUUAAACAAAAAGUCACUGCAGGAUGUAUUUAGGUCCCAGCCCAUACCUUUUUGGAAAAAAAGAUUAAAAGUUUAAGGAAAGCAUAAUAGUUGGUCUGUCUUGGGUGGUGACAACAUAAUCAUGAACGCUGUGUUGAAUCGUGUGCUAGUAGUGGGACACUCCAGGCUUUUCUAACUAGAUUAAAGGAGCUUUGUGUAUGUUUUAGAGACAAUAGUUGACACAUUGACCUACAAAGCAUCGGUGCUUUUAGGGGGGUGGGGAGGCAUGAUAGGUGCCCUUGUGCAAUUCUCCACCCCUCCACGUCAACAUAAUUGCACAAGAGCCUUUAGACUUUGGAGCAUUCUCUAUGCUCUGGAGUCUAAAGGCUCUUGCAGCUGCACUUAUGCAGGGAGAAUAGAGGGAGUUGUGUGAGGGCUCCUGCCAUUCCCCUGCUGUCCCUAGAAACAUGAGCACAUUGUUAGAUGUCAGUCAUAGGCUUGGAUCUAAAGGAGCAGAUACUCUCCUCAUGAAAAGGUGAUGUCCAAUCUAGUGAGAAAGUAUUGCAUGAGACAAGUAGCUCUACAGCUAGAGCAGAUGGUCUGUGCAAGAUCUUAUUUAUUUAUUUAUUUGAUUUCUAUACCACCCUUCCAAAAAUGGCUCAGGGCGGUUUACACAGAGAAAUAAUAAAUAAGAUGGAUCCCUGUCCCCAAAAGGCCUACUAUCUAAAAAGAAACAUAAGAUGGACACCAGCAACAGUCAGUGAAGGUACUGUGCUGGGGGUGGAUAGGGCCAGUUACUCUCACCCUGCUAGAUAAGAGAAUCACCAUGUUAAAAGGUGCCUCUUUGCCAAGUUAGCAGGGAUUCAAGACCAUUAUAGAACCUAGUAGUCUGUGCUACAGCCUGAAUCUUCCUUAUUCACCUUCUUUCUCAGCCUAAUGCAAUCCCUGGUAUUAGAGACAUAAGUUUUGGGCGGUAUAACAAUAUUUUAAAUAAAUAAAAAUAAAACAAUAUUGUAGUACUGCUCUGUAGGAAAUCUAUCACUAGUGCUUUUGAAAGAGAUUACAGAACAUUUUCUUCUCACUCUGGGUUCUCACACCCAGAGAACCUCUGAAGUUGUCAUAAGGUGAAUUUAUUAAGUGAUUUGCCAUCCGAAAGGAAGAAGCGCUAAAUACAUCACAAAAAUAUGGAAGUAUUAUAUAAGAGUACUUGUUCUGACGAUUUAUACGUAAUAGGAAAAUGCUAGAAAGCAACUGCACCUUAAACACUGAAGAGAUAGAAAAUGUUGCCAGUUUUUUGUUGUUGUUUUUUUAAUGUUUGAGAAAGGUAGUAAGGCUCAUUAUUUAACCAAAUGUUUAAGGGAGAACAACAGGGAUUAUUCCUCCCAACUGCAGUAAGAUAUGUAUGUUAAAGGAAUUGCAAAGGCAUUUGUUUAAUAUGAUGAGAAAUCAUGUUCAUUACCUAUUGGAAACUACAGUAAAUUAAUAUCAAAUGCCAAAGCUUUCACCACAAGAUAGGUUGGAUAUAUUCAGCUGAAAAAAAUACAUACUUCAGUAUAGAUGUAUCCAGAGGACAUUGAUAAAAACAUUAUGUGAAGGUGCUCAGUACCAUAUAAAUGCCAAGUAUUUCAACUUGGCAUCCUGUUUGCAUGGAUGGAAGGUAAAAUUUUAUGUAUUUCUAAAGGGGGUUUAUUUUAAAUCAGAAUUUAAAACUUAGACCUAGUAAACGGUCCAAGACAGAAAGAUUGGUAUGUUUGAGAACUGGAAAAUGGCUGCCCAAUUUUUCACUUAAGAAAUGACUUUUCAGAAUCUGAAAUAUGGCCACUCAUCAACUAUGUGCAUGUCAGACAACCAAUUCUUGAAGAGUGGAGUAACGGCACGUACUGUAUCAGUAUAACUUACAUCGUUUCAUGGUGUUUGGCACUCUGACUGCAAUUUAUGUCUUAGAGGGGGAAAAACACCAAGCAAAAUAAGAACUGAUACAAGUAAAGAUUAGACAUCCUGCUAUGAUCAAGUUGAUAUCUGAGUUAACCUUUUUGUAUUGUCUGUGUUACAAUAUAAAAGCAAACAUUUCAAAAUGAAUGAAUAUGACCAGCCAAAGAGAAGUACUUGUAUUGAUUCUAAUGAGAAGAUUCUCAGUUCAGAUCAGUGGGAUUUAAGGUACUUAACCAUUGCUGGAUUGCUCCUGUAAUUUCCAAAAUACCACAACUUUUUGCAUUAUAUUGCAGCAUUCACAUUUUAUAUAAUGCACAAGCUGAUGGGGGUGCUGUAGAACUGAUUUUUCUUCAAGAACAUAUUACAUUUUCACUACAUAUAGAGGGGUUUCUUUGGCAGGGGAUAAAUGAGCAGUUUGGUGCGGAGGCCGGAAGAAAAUUUGUCACUAUUUAAAUAAAGCAUAAUUGGAAAACAAAGCAAUAGAAUAAUGGCAUUAGUCUUAUUCUGGCCCUGGGUGGUCACAACACAAACUAAGGCUUUAGCUGCUGAUUAGCUGAAUUGUUUGGGAUAGAUACUUUAUUUAUGGCCGAUGAAUUGUUUGGGUUUUUUUUAAUACUUUAAUAAAUGUCCUUUCACUUUA